GGCAGCAGCGGUAGCGGCAGCGGCGGAGCGGUGACCGCAGCCGGGGAGGUAGCGGCCUGGCGAGCAAAGGGCCGGCUGCCGUCUCGGACAGCCACGGCGGAGGAGAAAAAUGGCGGAGGCUUCGGCGGCCGGGGCGGACGCGGGCGCCGCUGUAGCCGCGCACCGGUUUUUCUGCCACUUUUGUAAGGGCGAGGUCAGCCCCAAACUACCGGAAUAUAUUUGUCCUAGAUGUGAAUCCGGCUUCAUUGAAGAAGUGACAGAUGAUUCCAGUUUUUUAGGUGGUGGUGGCAGCCGGAUAGACAAUAGCACAUCAACACAUUUUGCAGAGCUCUGGGACCAUUUGGAUCACACAAUGUUUUUCCAAGAUUUUAGACCAUUUCUAAGUAGCAGUCCACUGGACCAAGAUAAUAGAGCCAGUGAGAGGGGUCUUCAAACUCACACUGACUUCUGGGGACCAAGUCGGCCUCCACGGCUGCCAGUGACUCGGAGAUACAGAUCUCGAGGAAGUACUCGUCCUGACAGAUCUCCAGCUAUUGAAGGAAUAAUACAACAGAUCCUUGCAGGAUUCUUUGCAAAUCCUGCAAUUCCUGGACCCCCACACCCUUUUUCCUGGAGCGGGAUGCUGCACUCCAACCCUGGGGACUAUGCCUGGGGUCAGACAGGGCUUGAUGCCAUUGUAACCCAGCUUUUAGGACAACUGGAAAACACAGGGCCUCCCCCAGCUGACAAGGAAAAGAUUACAUCACUUCCAACAGUGACAGUAACUCAGGAACAAGUUGAUAUAGGUUUAGAGUGUCCAGUUUGCAAAGAAGAUUACACAGUUGAAGAGGAAGUCCGGCAGUUACCCUGCAAUCACUUCUUUCACAGCAGUUGUAUUGUGCCAUGGUUAGAACUGCAUGACACAUGUCCUGUAUGUAGGAAGAGCUUAAAUGGUGAGGACUCUACUCGGCAAACCCAAAGCUCUGAGGCCUCUGCAAGCAACAGAUUUAGCAGUGACAGCCAGCUACAUGACCGAUGGACUUUCUGAAGCUAAAGACCGCACCUGAACCAGGGCUGUGGUAGUCUUCUUACCAUAGCUGUAAAUUGUAUCAGAACAAAAAAAUAGUAGCUGGAUUUAGGAAUCACAAAAGAAACCCCAACCCAUAAUAUUAAUGCAAUGAGUGUUUUUCUUCUCUAAAUUUAAAGUUAGUAUCUAUAGGUGGAAUUAUAUCUGCAACCAAAUGUCUCUUAUUCCUGAAUUGAGAGUGAUAAUUUUAACAUGUAAGACUUAAUUAUGUGGGUUUCCCCCCACCUGAGGAGAAUCAGUUUCUUAAAGUUUACCUAGGGCCCUGCUAUCUGUCCUGUUGCCUUGUAAUGGAUGUUUCCACCUCCUUCUCUAAACUCUACCCCACCAUUAGUGUAUUUUACAGUAAAUACAGUGGAACCAGAACCCUAGAGUCCUGCUGAUACGAAGUCCUAUUGUCCUAAUUGUACAAAAGCAUCUACUCUUGACCACAUUAGCCUUGAGGUGAGAUCAGAUUAAUUCAGGAAUCUGAGACUAAUGAUUUUGUUUUAUCUUGAUCCUCAGAGAGCAAAUCAAAAAAAAUUUAUAGUGGGAAGGAAAAAGUAGCUUAUCAUUGUACACUUUGGUUUUCUCAUUUUAAUUUUUGAAAACUGCUUCAGGAGAUGCUGUUUCUCCAGAAACCAACAUGACAUGCUUAGGAGUCUUAUGUUAGUAAGAAUCUGAUUCUGGUUCUUUAUUGGGAAUGAGUUUGGCAGCAUACAGACACAGAAAAACAGAUGUUUGAAAUCUUUGGUUCUGAAAUUUUUUAAUGAUCCCCAUUUCAUUGUUUACUGUCUUUUGUUCUAGGGAUCUUAAAAUAAUUUCCCUCAAAGAAAUAGGAUUAUUUCAUUACUGCCUCUAAAGCCAAUUCACUGUUUUUAGUAAUUCACUGGUCUUUAGGAAUUGGGAUUUCAUAUCAUCUCAUUUUAAUUUUUUUAGGCCUAUUUUUCAUCUCUGAAAUUUUCCUGUUCUGCUGGUUCUAACUAUGCUCAGAGUCAAACUGACUAAUGUGAUCAUGCCCCAAACUUCUUUACGUGGGAGAGUUUGGCCUUAUGUUUUCAGCCUAACAGUGUCCCAUGCAUGUGCUCUUUGGAGCAUUUAAGUGUUUAAAGUUUAAUAAAUGAAGAAGGUAAAAAAUGUUGUCGGAAUUUCAAAGUCUCAAAAGGAAAUGAUGGGGACAUAUAACAGCCACUGGUAUAUAAAAAAAGGCAAUAAUGAUGCACAGGGGGCAUCAUUUGUAGGGUGACAUCAGUGUUUCAUAGUUUGGAAUGAUCAGAACAAGAAUGCCACUCUUGUGAAUCUCUUUCUUGGCUAGGAAUCUUUCCUCAGUUUUUGUUGAUUAUCAUACACUGAUUUGGGGGUAAGGGAAGAAUGUUAGAGAUAUCUUUUGUCUGUGCUUUGGUAGAGGAUGAAGGAGUCUGGGAGGAAAGAGAAAAAGUGGGAGAGUGGCCUGCUGAACUAACAGCCUGCUUCUAAAAGUUGUGGACAGAAGGUGUGACUCAGGUUGUGCCCAGAGGAAAUAGAAGAUGUUUUCUCAUGUACCUCUCAUAUUACACUUCUGUAGAAAUUGCUUCUUUGGGGAAUGUGAUCUAUUUACUAUGGCUAGCCUAUGGAAUGUAGCCUAAGAAUAUACACUGGUUUCGAAUUGAUGGGGGGCGGGGGAGAAGAGAUGUAUAUUGUGAAUAUUUGGCCACUACUUAGAUGGAGGAAGGCUAUGUUGAAGCUGGAGCAUGUUGCAGUUUUCAAGUAGAACAAUAGCAACUGUCUCAGAAAAAUUAUGACAGUCUAGAAAUUUGUGUCUGCCAGCUAGUGUCUGAAGAUGCCAGGACAGUUAGUUGUAUUUUUACUUACAACUAGAGAAUUAGUACCUGGCGAACUAGAAGGGAUCUGAAUAGCUUCAAAAAGGGUAGAAACAGGGCCGGCCCAUGGCUCACUUGGGAGAGUGUGGUGCUGAUAACCAGGGCCAUGAGUUUGGAUCCCUGUAUAGGGAUGGCUGGUUAGCUCACUUGGGAGAGCGUGGUGUUGACAACACCACGUUAAGGGUCAAGUUCCCCCUUACCAGUCAUCUUUUUUUAAAAAAGGGGGUAGAAACAAAAGUGUUUGAUAGGGAUCUGCCUUUUUAUUUUUUUGUUUUGUUUUGUUUUCUUUUUAGGAAUCUGCCUUUUUAAUACACAGUGUUGCAAACAGCAUCAGACUAAGUUAUCUGAAAUUCCUUGACUUUUGCUCUGAUAGAGGACAUGAGGCUUAUUUGCUGUUUCCCAGACCUGGUCCACUUAAUGAAUCUGUAGUGUUUAUUCCUAGAAUGGGAGGCAUCUCAGACUUCCAGGUUAAUUUAUGUUAAAGGGUUAGGUUUUUCAGAGAAACAGAAUAGGAUAUACAUAUGUAUAUAGAAAGAGAUUUAUUAUAAGGAAUUGGCUCAAUUAUGGAGGUUGAGAAGCCCAAGAUCUGCAGUGGGCUGGAAACUUGAGAGAGCUAAUAGUGUAGUUCCGGUCUGAGUCUGAAGUCCUAAGUAGCAGGAGAGCCAGUGGUAUACAUUUUCUAGCCUGAAAGCCAGGAGGCAAGAAGAGAUGGUGUUUCAGUUCCAGUCCAGGGCUGGCUGGUUAGCUCAGAUGUUUAGAGCACCACCUUGUAACACCAAGGUCAAGCGUUCGGAUCCCUGUACCGGACAGCUGCCACAAAAAAAAAAAAAAGUCCUAUCGAUUCUAGUCCAAAGGCUGGGAAAACUGAUGUCUCAGCUCAAGCAGUUAGGUAGGAUUUUCCCCUUACUUGAGGGAGGGUCAGCCUUCCUAUUCCAUUCAAGUCUUUUGGUCAGCCUUCCUAUUCCAUUCAAAUCUUUAAUUGAUGGAUGAGAGCCACCCACAUUGGGGAGGGUACUUUGCUUCAUUCAGUCUGUUGAUUCAAAUGUUAAUCUCAUCCCAAAACACCCUCACGGACAGACCCAGAAUAAUGUUUGACCAAAUAUCUGGGCAUCCUGUGGCCUAUUAAGGUUGAUACAUAAAAUAAACAGUCACAAGGAGGAAAAGUAGAAAUGAUACACACAGAGUGAUCCUCAUCCCUCUUAAGUUUUGCCAAGUGAACAGUGUGCCUCUAUGAGAAAUGUCUGCCUUGGCUCAGUCCUAUGGUUAAACAGUGGAAGAAAUGUAUAUGGGGUGUGGAUCAAUUUGCUCUGGGUGUAAUUUUUAUUUUUAUUAUUUAUUUAUUUAUUUAUUUUUAAAAGAUGACCGGUAAGGGGAUCUUAACCCUUGACUUGGUGUUAUCAGCACCACACUCUCCCGAGUGCGCCACGGGCUGGCCCAUAAUUUUUAUUUUUUCCUCCUUAAUCUAAAUUAACCUGGAAGUCUUUGAGAGACCUCCCAUUCUAGAAAGAAACAUUUUAGAUUCAUUGACCUAACACCAGAACAUGGCUAGGGUUGAGAAUUUAUUUUUAGGAAUGUCUUGCCCUUAAAUGUUUCAAAUACAGUUUAGAUAUAGUGCCCAAGGUGGAAGGCUACAUAACCUGGACUUCAGGUGUUCAUUCUUUUACAUCUGGAAGGCUUACAUACUCAGGAAUUUGGAGGCUUUAUAAGAGUGAAGGGAGAGGUUAUUCAGCUUUCCCUGAUUGUCAAAGAGAAGAGAAAACUUGCAAUUUCAGAUCGUGAGCCCUUAUUGUGAACUUGAGGCCUUUACAUUCAUAUUAACUGGCCUACCCUUUGAAUUCCACGCAGAACUGAACAGAUUUUCUUUUUUUUUUUGUGACCGGUAAGGGGAUCAUAACCUUUGGCUUGGUGUCGUCCGCACCGUGCUCAGCCAGUGAGCGCAGCGGCCAUCCCUAUAUAGGAUCCGAACCUGCAGCCUCGGUGGUCCCAGCGCCGCACUCUCCCGAGUGAGCCAUGGGGUUAACCCUGGAUUUUCUUAUUCUGUAUCUUUUUUUCUUUAUCUUGUCCAUUAUGAUAAAUAUAUACAUAUAUAUUUAUGAGGGUACUUCAAAAAGUUUGUGUAAAAAUGAAAAGAUAAUACAAGUAUUUCCACAAACUUUUUGAAGAUCCCUUAAGUGUGUGCAUCUGUGUGUGUAUACACAUGUAUAUAUGUAUAUAUACUUAUUUCCUCUUGUCACAAUUUGAAACGAGGGUAGAAAAUUAUUUGGUUAGCACAUAAUUAGGAGAGAUUUCCUAGAGAUUGGUAGACUUGGAAGUUGAGAGGUUAUACAGGGCGGUGCCUUGCUGUCCUCCCAGUGAUUAUUGCUGCUUGGGUAGUUUUCAGAUAAAUUAGUCUAACCCAACUUCAUUUGGGUCAGUUCUGGUUGGAUAGAACUGGGGAGUCAGGUGGGAAGGGCAGAGAGGUGGAUGUUUAACUGAUACCUCCAAAUCUUUAAAGUCUUAGAGCUAAUGACUUAAGAGAAGGAAGAAGGAAUAAUACUAGUAUUAAAUAUUAAUUUUCCUUUAAAAUUUCUACUGCCACUUCUCUGAAGAGUUGAGAAACCUGGAGAAUCUAGAGUGAUAUUUUGGCCCUGUUGCUAUAGCUCUUUGACUCUUUCCUUACAAUAAUGUUUUAAUUUAUUAGAAAAAGUAAUUACUGUAGGCAGAGGAUGUAGAAAUGACUAUUAAUUAAAAAGCUUCCUUAGGUCAUUGUUAAUUUUAUUUGUCAGGCUUUGCUGAAUAAUGAUUGGGCAAGUGCUUCUUAGAUGUUUUCUCUGAGCCAUGCUCUGGUUCAAUAAUUGGUUCUCAAGUUAGAAGGAAAAGUUUGGGGGACGAACUUAUUUUUUCCACCCAGCAAGUCUCACUUUGAUUAAAUAAUUAUUAGGAAAAAAAAUUCCUUGUUUAUAUCUUUGUAUCACACAUUCACAUAUAUGUAUAUGUUUGUGUAUAUAUAGAUAUUUAUAUAUUCAUAGACAUUGAUUGAGUUUGGGUGUAUUGUCCCCUCCAAAACUCAUGUGGAAAUUUGAUCCCCAAUGUGGCAGUGUUGGAAACUGAUUGAGUCAUGGGGGUGGAUCCCUCAUGAAUGGAUUAAUGCUCUCCCUGGGGGAAGGAGGAUUAAUGAGUGAGUUCUCGCUCUAUUAGUUCCCGCGAGAGCUCGUUGCUUAAAAAGACCCUGGCACCUUCUCUUGCUUCUUCUCUCUUGCUUCCUCUUGCCAUGUGAUCUGCUUGUACCUGCCAGCUACCUGCCACUUUUCCGCCAUGAGUAGAAACAGACUGAGGCCCAUGCCAGAUGCAGCUGUCCCAAAAUCAUAAGCCAAAUAAACCUCUCUUCUUUAUAAAUUA